ACAGAGUUUAUGCAGUGUCGAGUUCAGCUGAGCGAUGAGUGAGGUGUCGUCUAGACGCACUUGACACCCUCUUCGCGGUCUGGAACGCAGUCUGGCUGCGACAAUUUUUCACAGUGGGACCUGAGAACGAGCGCUCCAAGAGAAUUCUUCAAAAAUCUCCAAGUAUAGAUACAUUGGAAGUAUUGGUCCUGCUCCUUUCAACAAGUCCCUGUCAGGAGAAGCUCUACACCUGCACAACCCAAAUCUUUAACAAAGUGGGCGGAGUUAAGAUGGAACUGAGACAGCCGUCUCCCUGGAGACCAUCCUCGUCCUCCCUCCGCUGGAUUGGUUGAAGCUGCGACCAUCAGGCAUUGCUGCAGGAGCAGUAUGCAGGCAGCUGACCAUCCAGCCACCAACACUUUUACAGAGUGCCAGUUCCACUGUACCAGCAGUGACUGUCUGCAUAACGAGGAGAACUGCCCCCCUGUAACCACCCUGGGACCCCCACUGGACCCCUUGCAGACUGAACUGGAGUUUGUUCAGAUAAUAAUCAUAAUUGUGGUGAUGACGGUGAUGGUAGUCGUGAUCAUCUGCUUGCUGAAUCACUACAGACUGUCUGCCCUGGCCUUCCUUACCAGACACAGCCAGGCACGCAGACGAGACCAGGCCACACAAUUGGACGGGUGUGUGUGGCCAACAGACAGCUUGGUGACACAGCAAGGAACAACGGAGGUCAUGUAUGGGCCACGGAGUCAUCAGGAGAGGUUCAACCCGCCCUCCUUUAUGCAGCGGGACCGUUUCUGCCGCUUCCAGCCCACUUAUCCCUACCUGCAGCAGGACAUCGACCUGCCCCCCACCAUCUGCCUGUCGGAUGGCGAGGAGCUGCCCCCCUAUAAGGGACCCUGCACUCUGCAGCUGAGAGACCCAGAGCAGCAGCUGGAGCUGAGCCGCGCCUCAGUCAGAGCCCCGCCCAACCGGACCAUCUUCGACAGCGACCUGAUAGAUGUUUAUGUACACGGCGGUGGGCCCAGGCCCCCCAGCUGUAACUCGGGCGUCAGCGCCGCCAAUUCCAGAAUGGAGGGGCCCCCGCCCACUUACAGUGAGGUGAUGGGACAGUACCCAGGAUCCUCUGCGUUUCAGAGCCAGUACAGCAAUAAUGGGCAGCAGCUGGGUGGAAACGGUGGGAGCACUACCCCCAGGACGGUGCACCAGAGCCGCAUUGAAAGCACAACUUUGGGCUUCAGCAAGAGUAAAGACAGUCGGCAGGACAAACCAGUGUGAGAGGGAGGAGGGGUUGUUGGACCUUACCAACCUAAAGGGGGGAGAGGCCUGCUUCUCUGCGCUCUCCAUUGUGCACAAUUUGAACAAACUCAAAUCUCGAGGAGCCGAGCUUACAACUGAUCUUUUGUAUUUGUAUUUUUGCUAUAGCUGUGAGCUUUGCUUGGACACUAUGGCUUGAUGACUUGUUUUAUAUGCUUUCUUUUUGUGUAAAAUAUGAUUGUUGACAUACAGUUUUGUUUACCACAGUCAUAGGAUAAAAGUUAUGGCUUUUUUCACUCGUUCUUUUUGUUCUUUUCUGGAUUUGAGAUUGAUUCUGUAGUCAGUCCAAUCCAAAUAAUAGUAGUGCCAUGAUUCAUGAAACCAUUAAUCCAGGGGAUAAAUAACAAGUUAUUUAAAAUCUGUUGCACUAACUUAUCUCUGCAAAACAAACAAUGCUUCUCGUAGUUUGUUUUGUCUGAAAAACUCCUAAGUUAUCACUUAGUGUGACUGGGUAUAUUUGUUUGUUUUUGUCAAAAUCAGUAGAGACCAAACUCUGAUCCAUAUUUAAAUAUUCAGUCAAAUAGGUUAAUUGGAUUUAAAGGUAUAGCACCCCGAAAUAAGAUUAGGAUCUGAUAUUCUGAUUUUGGUCAACUGCCCCACUAAUAUACAUACAUUAUAUCUUCUUAAGCCCCUCAUUGUCUCCGAGAGUGAUAAUCGAAAUGGCGCCUUUAACUCAUUGUAUUACCAUCCCCAUAGUCCUAUUGAGUAGCACUUUAAACUUCUGUCAGUUCACUGUUAUUAUUGGGAUCCAAGUGAAGGAGCAGUGAUGGGAAGGGAAGUUCCACAGAGCCCUUUAGUUGAAUGCACUUCCAUAAACUUUCAAUUAAAGAGCCGAUAUCUUGUAGUGACUUCAAUGAAAAUUGAAAGGACUUCCUCCUUCUGUCGAGAACCGCCUCAUCCUUGACCCUUAAUUUGUGACAAUAGAAUCAUCAACUUACUAUUGUAUAUACUAUUGUACUGACCCUGAACUGUACAGCGAUGUAAUGUCUUUUUAUGUUGCUCCAGCACAUUUACAGUGUGCGGCAGAUAAAAAAGACUAGGCCAGCCCUACAGCUUGGCUAAAAGUGUGAUGAAGUUAUCUGGUCUUCAUGAUCAUGGUCGUUUUGCUUGUGAGACUCGCUCAUAUGUUGAGGAAAAUUACCUGAUUGAGGGAUUGAGUGUUAAUUUAAAUGACAGACAUUCAUAUUCAAAACAAAUUAAAUUAGCCUAGACAUUUCACUACAACAUAAAAUUCAAAGUUGAAUCCUGAUAGUAAGUUUUUUAUUAUUUGUUUUGAAUGCUUUUGAGACCUGGUGAUUGUUUUGGAGCCAAACUUGUAAGAACCACUAAUUUGUGGGCUCCCUAUAGAUAGUCCUACUUAAAAACUUUAUCAAAAAGGAGAGUAUUUAUUCUUAUUUAUUUGAUGUUACACAAUUUGAGGGGAUUUUUUGGUUGGUUUCCAUGUAAGGCAAAGCCACUUAUUCAGUGCUAGCUGCAAACAUUUGUCAAGAAUUCCCAAGGCCAGAUUCUGGAUGCUAAAAUAUCCCCUCAACCCUUCCACAGUCAAUGAAAAUGGUAGUCGCUCAAAUUAUUCCAUAGGACAGAACCCUGGUCUUAAGACAUCUUUCAUUGGUUGUGCUCUCUCGUCACUGAGCACAAGGUUUGUGUUGCUCUGUUAUUCAGUAUUGCUGCUGCUAUGCGCUGCUUCUUCUUCUGCUGCUGCUGUCAAUGUUAAUACGUCAGCUUUUCCACUGGUAUUCGUUCAAAAAAAAACCUUAUUUAGAAACUAGAAGUUAGAUGUUUGUGUUCUUUUGUAUGUUUCUUUAUUGCUUGGUUGCUUUUUUGCUCUUGUAGUUAACAGGAAACCUUUCUUUUUUAUGUUUUUCAAGUCAGAGGGUUUGCAUGUUACAAUUAUGUGAGCAAAUGCGGUGCCUGAUGGUGAUGUAUGAGCAGCCAUAGGACCAGGACAGCUUUCACAGCCACUUGCACUCAAAGUCCCCACCUUCGUUGUGCCUCACUUCCAAUGGUGCUUUUUUCAGUGGUCUGACUCUGUUUAUUUGUACGGUGCUGUAUAUAACUUUAAUAUAUUAUGCACAUAUCCUACCCAAUGGGUAGAAACCACAAAAGAACAUUGUUAAUACUGUAAUAUAAUGUAUAGAUGAUAUUAAAAAGGAAAUUUAACACGGUGGCAACCUUUUUUUGUGAAUGCCUCCAAAUUGUUGCAUUGUCUUUUUGUAAAAACAGGAAAUGCGAAUUUGCAAAAAUGCUACAGUUACAGUCGUUAUAUUUUUCCUAUAAAUGCAAAUCUGUUGUGUUGAAUUGAAUAUUAAUAUUAUGGGCAGUCUCUACACAGGAUACUUAGCUGCUGCUGUUACUCCCAGAAAAUAAAUAUACCUGUAAAUGCCAGCACUGUUUAACCUGUAUUAACCACGCUUGACCAAUUGCAUAAAAUAAGCCAAGAACUGUACCAUGGUUUUGAAAACAAAAUGAACACUUACAGGCAAAUAUAGCCUAUCAACAAGAGAAGCCUAUUGUUACCUACCUACUGCAGACUUUGAUAAGACAAAAAUUCUCUAAUCUUCGGUGAACCAGAUUUAUUUAAAAUGAAACCAUACAAAAGGGAUUUACAUUUCAAGAAUUUAAGAGUGAUAUUUAUCAUUUUACAUAACAAUACGAACCUCUGUCAAACCCCAUUGCCGUUGCUACACUAGAGGUGAUUUCAAAAGCACCUAUACUUUUUUAUUUCUCAUCACUGUGGCUGAUUCCUUAGAAGAUAAAAAGAAAAUUGUUCAGUUUUCUUUUAUUCAUCCAUCGGUGAGGUUGUCCAUUCCAUCUGCUAUCUUAACUACAAAAUCUAGUUGGUUUUUUGUCCUGUGUGCUCCAUGUUCCAAUGAGAGGCUUGAGGAUCUUGAGUGUCUCCAAACAAGAGUUUUCCAAACAGUGUCAUGUUCUGCCUUUUUCAUGAUCCAUAUCCACAGGACUGCUUCCAACAUGGACGACAAUAUUAAGCUUUAUUUCACCAGAAUAUUCAAGUGGGUGUCACUGCUGUAUACUUACUUUUGCCUUUUUAUUGUUAUCAAAGCAAAUGUGAUGUCAUACGUUUUCAGCCUGAGGUCUUUUACUGCAAUACUUUUACAAAAGUGAAAAAAUUAUUCAACAAUAAAACUAUGUUGCUUCAA